AUGUCUAUUGAAUCAUAUGAUGUUCCAACAAUAUCAAUAAAAGAUAAUGAAAUGAAAGAUUUAUUAAAAUAUCUUUAUAAAAAUGAAUCAUUAUUAAAAGGAAAUGGUGCAAUUAAAUUAAUUCCAACAUCAAAUUUUAAAAAUCUAUUAAAAAAAACACCAAUAAAUGUUCCAUUGUGUUCAACAAUUCAACAAGUUGAUAAUGAUAAUUUAAUUUAUUCAAUAAAAACAAAUAAAGUUACUGAAAAAAAAGAAAAUAUUUUAAUAAAUGAUGAAAUGUUUUGGUUAUUAUUACCAAAUGGUUCAAACACACAAAAUAUCUCAAGUAUUUCAAUAAUUAGUGAUCAAAAAUUAUUUUUUAAACGUGUUUAUCGUGAUCAAUUUGAUUUUCAUCAAUUACCUUUUAAAUCGCUUUUAAAAUUAUCUGGAAAAAAAUUUUGUAAUAAAUAUCCCUCAAUAUUAAUUAAAGCGCAUGGACGUACUACAAUAUUUCCUUUAUCUUCAAAUAAACAAAAUCUUUAUCAAUUAAAUUAUCAUCAUGAAGGUGGAGUUCGUUAUUGGUAUAUAAUUCCAUUAGAAGAAAGAGAGAGAUUUAGAAAUUUAUUUAAAGAAAAUAAAGAUUCUAAAUCAGAUAAAGAUAUAUUAUUUCUCGAUAAUAUUAAUGAAGAAGAUUUUUUAAUGGAUAUUUGCAAUAAAUCAAUGACAUUUCCACAAAUUGAUAAUGAAACAGAUUUUAAUAAAUUAUUUUCAUUAAAAGAUUUUCCCAAUGAUAUUUUUAUGAAUACUAAUCGAUGUGAAUCUUCAAAUAAUGAAGAAAUAUUAAAUAUGAUUGACAGACCAUCAUCAUUUAAUUAUCAAUCAAUAAAUGAACAAAUCUAUUUAAAAAAUAAUAGAUUAUCAAGAAUAGCAACGUAUAGUGAAUUUAUAAUAAAAAAGAACCAUGAUCAAUGUAAAAUUGAUGUAAAGAAAAUCUUACAUAUAUCGAAUUUAAAUAAACAAAUAACAAAAAACGAUCUUCGAUCUUAUUUUAUUGGUUCAACAAAAAUUAUUUUAAAACCAAGUCGAUUACCAUCAUAUCUUAAUUAUGCAUUUAUAUUUCAUCGUACAAAUCUUCAAGCGGAAUAUAAUCGAAAACGAACAAUUAAAUCUUCACAGUUUGGAUCAAAUUGUCAAAUAGAAUUCGUUCAAAAUCUUUCUCAAUUCUCAAAUGAAAACGAAUUUAAUGAAAAUUGGAAUCUUGUGGUUAAAAAAAUACCUGAAAACGUUACUGAAAAUGAUUUAAAAAAGUUAUUUUUUAAUUCUAAUCAAAUUAAAUAUAUUCCAGCAAGAAAUGUUCAAAAAUCAAAUACAAAUCAGAAAAUUUUACUUGGAUACGCAUUUUUAUCUUUUACAAAUAUUGAACAAGCUGAUGAAGUUAUGAAUAAUGCUUCUCAAUAUCAAAUAAAUAAUCAACCGUUAAUAUUAUCUUAUUACAUCAGUAAAAUAAAAAGCUAA